AUGUCCGAAGAAGUGUCCGCUCCUGCUGGGGUCGCGGCCCCCGCUGCCCUUAAGAGCCCCAAAAAGGCUUCCACGAAAGUGUCCAAGGGAAAGGCAAAGGCCGUGCCAACGCAUCCCAAGGUGUCCGCAAUGGUGACAGCAUCCAUCAGUGCGCUUAAGGAACGUGGUGGUUCAUCUCUACAAGCCAUCAAGAAAUACAUGUCUGCCAACUACAAGGUGGACGUCGAGAAGCUGUCUCCUUUCAUCCGCAAGUAUCUCAAGUCUGCCGUGGCUGCGGGAGCAUUGGUGCAGACCAAGGGCAAGGGAGCUACCGGAUCGUUCAAGCUGUCAGCCAAGUCCGACAAGCCCUCACCUGCUGCUAGGAAGCCCAAAAAGGAGGCUGGUGCUGCAAAGAAGCGCCCAGCCUCGGCAACUGCCGGUGCGGCCAGGAAGAAGAAGCCCGCGACUGCCAAGAAGUCGCCCGCAAAGAGGGCCAAGUCGGCCAAGCCCAAGUCGGCCAAGCCGAAAAAGCCAAAGGCAGAGAAGAAGGCUGCAGCACCCAAGAGCCCCAAGAAACCCAAGGCAGCAAAAAAGACCCCUGCCAAGAAGCCGGCUGCAAAGAAGGCUUCCUCCAAGAAAUAGGUCUUCUCCUGGAUAUCCAGAGCGAAAAACAAAACGGCCCUCAUCAGGGCCAUAAUU